GUCCAUUCAACUAGGUCGCAAGCUUGACUCUUCCACUUCAUCGUCAAUCAUCAUCGUUUUGAUUCUCUGCAUAAUCAACGAUGUUUUUUAUUCUAUUAUUUAUGGUUUCGUUCAAUCUUCCUUUGUUUGUCCUCCUAUUUAAGUCUCUUCGUCCAAUUUUUGGUGAAACCAAAACCUACUACCUCCACAAAAGAAGAUAGAGUCAUGGCCAUGAAAUCUGUUAGAUUGACCGUGAAGUCUACCUUCGUCUCCGUAAAGUUUCCAAUCUCCGACAGCUCUAUUGACCGCGGCCGUCCUAUGGAGUAUCCAGAGAAACUCCACUGACAAAACACUACAAUUGAUCUUCCUCAUCUGAGUGUCACCGUAAAUAGCUUGAACAUGGCAAAUCCUUUUGUGAUCCGUCAUGAGGAGUGAAUUCGAUUGAGGCAAAACGAUCUUGCUGAGCUUCUUAGGCUUCUAAUCAAGCAUCUUUGGAAAUUGGAAGCGAGAAAGAGCCUUUGAAAUAAAUAAUUUUGAGUAUUGAUGGUUACUUUGAGCUUGCUUAAUCUGCUGUGGGUACUCUUGGCUACUUUUAGGAACAGAGUGGCAAUGUUGCACCGAGCCCCAUGUCUUCAUCAAGAGUUUUCAUUGACAAGGAUGUGCCUCCGACAAUUGAUUACCUCUCUUGGUUGGCUGAGAAGUGAGGACCUAUAUGUUGCUUCCAUGUUUAUUGCAUUAGAGGUCACCAAGGUUGAAAGCCUUACUAUAGACAACCUUUUUAACUGCAUGCCUUUUAUAACCAUGGAUCCUCAUCAUGAGAUGGCAACUCCACAGUGUCUGUUGGAUACAAUUGGCCAAACCCACAAUGUCAAAGUGAAGGUUUCUGACCGCAGCUUCACUGAAAAAUACCAUAACUGUCUCAAAGGUUGUAUGUCCUCCAGUCUUGCCAGAUGUAAGAAUCACCUGUGCAGAUCAGUCACCGCAGACAUUAAAGGUGAGCAACUUCCCGGGCCAAUUGUAACAUGUAACUCUGCCUUUGGUGAAACCUUUUACACUGGGUCUUCUUCUGGUGGAAGUGCUCCAACUAAUGACAGUGAAGUGGAGCAGGAAACCAAGAGUCCAAGAUUUAGUAGCUAAUACCUGUCAAAUCUCAGCUCCAUGUUGCUUUAGUUCUGUCAUUAUCUAUAUCGCUUAAGUUUAUGUACUUCUCUAGGAUUUCCUUCUGCAUAUCUGAACAUAAUCUUUUCAUUUUUUUUUACUC